AUGGGGCUGACGCAGCGAAUCUCAAAAUGGCUGCCCUCUUCGCCGAGUCUCCCUGUGGAUGACGUUUCGCGCGAAAAGGGCCGCAACAUCUCCAGAAAAAUAAGCGAAAAGCAUGACAAGGUCUUCGCCAAUGGAUGCCUGCAGGUUGAGAAGGAGGUUGAGGGCAAACGUGCAAAUGCCGCGUUUGUCGUUCUCGCUAGGAACAAGGAAUUGGACGGCGUCAUCCAGUCGCUUAAGUCGAUUGAGAGACAUUUCAACCGAUGGUUCCACUAUCCUUACGUGUUCCUGAACGACGGCGAUUUCGACGACACUUUCAAGGAUACCGUGAAGAAUUAUACAAGCGCCCCUGUGGAAUUCGGCAAAAUUGAUGACACCAUGUGGGGUUAUCCUAAGUGGGUUGACGAUGAAGUGGCAAAGGAGGGCAUCAGAAAGCAGGGUGAUGCCGCUAUUAUGUAUGGUGGGAUGGAGAGUUACCACCAUAUGUGCAGAUUCUAUUCUGGAUUCUUCUACAAGCAUCCCCUCCUCAUGAAGUACGAAUGGUACUGGCGUCUGGAGCCAGAGAUCAGCUACUUCUGUGACAUCACUUACGACCCUUUCGUCAAGAUGGCUGAAGCAAAUAAAACCUAUGGAUUUACGAUUGCUGUCAAAGAACUGCGUGAGACUGUCCCCAACAUAUUCCGCUAUGCCUCGGCCUAUAAGCGGAAGCACAAUCUAGAGUCAAAAGGACUCUGGGAGAUGUUCCUCGAAAGGCCAUCUGAGGAGGAGCCCAAGCCGGAGGAAGGGAAGCAGGAUAAGCUUCCCGAGGAAAUUCUGCAGAAUGAGCCUGGAGAGAAUACUGUUCCCGAUGUCGAUCCUGAGGCCAUGGAAGGCGAGAAGUAUAACAUGUGCCAUUUCUGGAGUAACUUUGAAAUCGCACGCCUGGACUGGUUCCGCAGUAAGGAAUACGAAGAGUUCUUUGAAAUGAUGGAUAGGAGCGGUGGUUUUUGGAUGGAAAGAUGGGGUGAUGCGCCUAUCCACUCGCUAGCCGCAGGUGUUCUUCUGUCGCCCAGUGAUAUACACUAUUUCCGUGAUUUUGGCUACCGUCAUACGACCAUCCAGCAUUGCCCCGCUAACGCUCCCGCCCGACAGCUCCCACGGAUUCCGUGGCUUGAAAUGACCACGGAAGACGAGAAAGCGCGGUUCGAAGAGGAUGAGUACUGGGCAAAUUCCGACCCCGUCAAAGAGAACGGUGUCGGGUGCAGGUGCAGGUGUGAUACAGAUAUCGUGGAUGUUGAGGGUAAACAAGGCAGCUGUCUUGCCGAGUGGGUAGAAGUUGCGGGAGGUUGGGCUUCUCCCUAGAUUCGGGCAACUUCUUGCUUUGUCCGCUGUAUAAUCUUCGCCUCCUCGUUUCCAUACCUUUUUGUUCAAUCAUGAGCAUUACUCGGGUUGCCGUUGGAGUUAUUGUUGCUUGAGCCUUCAUAUUAUGUUGGCUGUGGGGUUCUGGACGGCGUUCAACGGAUCUGACAGCUUCUUUUAUGGAAAAUGGUGUGAUCAUUCUCAUCAAUAUUCACAAAUUCAUCUAGCGUGCUUUGUAUGUUUUCAUUUGGAUUGCUACGUUCUUGUUAAAUCACAAGGACUUUCUUCUGGAAAGAGACGGUUGCUGUGCCGGCGUCAGCUUCAAGAUAGUCCCAACCUCUACCGGAAUCUACAUCCGAUCUCUCAACAAGCAAGACUAUCCUCUCUACAUAGCUCUUGGCUACGUUGAGUAUUCCACGCCUCUGUUCCUCACGGUCUCUGACCAAAGCUCGAUGUGCGCUAGCCUGAUUUCAAUCAUGCCUGCUGCUACGCAAUUCUCCUCGGCAUCCUACCAUACUUCCGGCCAUCUCAGGAGACAGGCCGGCAUUGGGUACGACACUAAGUUCCAGCGGACAGAUGAAGAUGGAACUAUUUGCGGCGGUUAAACAUUCUUGGCCCGCUUAUCUUUGCAGAGACCGCUAAUUUAUGUUCGAUGUUCUAAUGCACUGCCUUACCCUGUUUUACUUACUCACCUUUAUUUCCUACCCUUCCUCGCCGUUAUGUCAUGAAUUGUACAUAUCUUCUUUUUUUUUUUUCUUUUCGUAUUUCUUUCUUGUUGUUCUGAGAUCCUGG